UCGAGCGCCCACUCGCGGUCGACUGAAGUCCACUCACCUACGUCCGUAGCCAGCACGGUCCCUUCUGGUGACGAAGCGGCAUAUCUCGAAGCCGUGGACCGAUACCGUGUACCACGACUCGUCCUUGAUACCCCACAACCUGGCUAUCGUACGCGGUGAGCCCGACGCUGAAGGUCUCGCCGUCACUGCCAAUGGCUCGACCGUAUGGUCGACAGCGUUGGCAGUAACCGCAGUGGCGACCUUGCUACCAUCCGAAAGCACGACCGUGCUCCUCCGCAGCAGAAAAAGCGUGUAGCAAGCCACACGUUUCUGCCUGGAAGACUGCUCGUCAAUCGAGGAAUUGGUAGUCAGUUGGACUUCACACCCGGC